AUGGAUCCCUUAAGCGCCCUCUCCGUCGCCGCGGCCGUGGUCGCCUUUGUCGACUUUGGUGGGAAACUGGCCAACACGUACUUUGAAGUCCGGGCGUCGAUUAAAGGACAGCCAGCUGAAAUACUAAACCUUGACGCUUCCGCUGCUGAUCUGUCGUCUGUCGCUUCGACCGCUCGGGAAAACGUCAAGAGCUUGAGCCUCAGCUAUCCCCGGCAUGCAGAAUCCCUCUCUCGUUUGACGACUGAGGUAACUCAGAUUGAAACGAAAAUAAAACAUGCUAUGGAUAAAUUGACUGUGAGUCCAAAGAGCUAUUUUACCAAGCGAGGAUCAACAGUUGCUGUGGCGGUCCGAACUGUCUGGUCGGCAUCGGAGUUGGAGCAGUGGAACAAACAGCUGGAAAGGAUUCGUGAUCAGGUUAUGAUGAACGUUCUGAUGUGUGUAUGGGAGGAAACACGAAACACCGACAGUAAGACUGAACAAGUCCUUCAAGCUGUCGAGCGUAUCAAGAAGGCAAUGGAGACAUUGACAGACGAAGGUGGAGGAACGGCAGCUGGCCUCCUAUCCCCGUCAUCCUCAAAGCCGAAUCCACAAAAGGUAUAUCAGGCUCUCUGGGAAUCGACUGCCUGGGUUGACAUUCCGUCAAACUUGCCAUCGCCUCGUGUUCUGAACCCCCCUUUGCAUACCAUGUCAGAUCUUGGAGGGGCUGCAGAGGAGCGAGAGCCGGAUUUCACAAAGAGAAUCCUUCGCAGUCUCUAUUCUAAGGAGAUGGAUGACCGUACCCACCAAAUUCGGCCGGCCUAUCCAAACACCUUCUUGUGGCUUUUUGAAGAGCGGAACCAUGGCGAUGAAACCAACCCGCUUGAGCUCAGCUUCCGGACAUGGCUCGCAUCACAGGACGAGACAACGUUUUGGAUAACAGGAGUUCCAGCAUCUGGCAAAAGUACCCUGAUGAGGUUUAUUUCGGAACACCCGCAGACCGGGGAUAUAUUGAGGCAAUGGGCCGGUGAGGACGAGCUUCAUAUAGCAAGCUUUUACUUUUGGAAUCCCGGCUCGACGGUCCAGAAAUCGCGCGUCGGCCUUCUCCAAUCAUUGCUCUAUACGCUGGUGAAGGAUCGGCCAGACCUGGCAGAAAUUGUUGCAGCAAGGCGUCGGCUUUUCUUUGAUCUUUCCGAACAAGCCGCAGAGCUGCCCGAGUGGGAAUGGACAGAACUAUGUGCGUGCUUCAUCAGGCUUGCUUCCAGAUUCAAGGUCACGGGUGCUCGGCUUGCCCUCUUUAUUGACGGUCUGGACGAAUAUGAGGACUUCGUUGAAGACCACCCAAAGUCCAUUAGUAUGACCAAUGAAUUGGUCCAGUUUCUCAACACCCUGCAGAGUGAAUAUGGGGUCAAGCUCUGCGUGUCGAGUCGACCAUUGAACUACUUCCGGGACAAGUUCAAGGACUGCCCUACACUAGCCAUGCAGCAACUGACAGAACCAGACAUUGAUCUCUAUGUUGAAGGUCGCCUCCAAGAAAGCGAGGCCUUCAAGGAAAUCCGAGAUUUGCAGCCGGAGGGAGUUAAUCAGCUGAUUCAAGACCUCAAAGCAAAAGCACAAGGUGUUUUUCUCUGGGUUGCUCUUGUGGUUGAGCAGCUUCUUCUCACCAGCAUGGACAACCCAAAGAUGGAAGCGUUGCAAAAGACGCUGAAUGACCUGCCAGCAGACCUCAACAAACUAUACGACACUAUCCAGAGGCAGAUAGGGCCGGAAAAGGCAGAGGAGGCUUCGAAACUGUACCAGCUCCUGAUGGAGUGGAAGAGGCUCUACAAUAGACCGAUAUCGGCAACUCUUCUCUGGCUUGCAAAUACGAAUCCUAUAAAUCAGCCUGAAUAUCCGGACGAUGAUGCGGAGUGGCGCAUUAUCAAACUUACUAAGAGGCUUCUUGAGGGCCAUACACGGGGCAUGCUGCAAGUGUCUAUCAUUGGGACAUACAGCACAACGGUUGACUUCCUCCAUAGAACCGCAUAUGACUGGAUUCGAGAACCGCAGAAUUGGAAUGAAAUAGUCCGCAAAGGCCCAGCAGAGUAUUGCCCCACUGUAUCGCUCCUUGCAGUUGUUGUAUGCUCUGCCAGAUCUGCCAGUGACUCAGUCGUCCGUACCAGUAAUCUUGGCGAGAAUUAUGGAAAGCAAAUCUUUCAACACGCAGGGGAGGUUCCUGACACCUCCAGAACCCGAACCCAGCUUGUUUCCAUCCUCGAUAGCCUUGAUCCGGGACCUUUCCGCGGAAGAAAAACCCCAAAAUACCAUGGUACAGCUGUACAGAACUCCAUGAUGUGGGCAGCAGCAUAUGGAUGCCAUUCCUUCCUCGAAGCCAAACUCGGGCCCCCGACGCCUGGUCGCCACCGCUUCCAACUUUUCAGUCGAUGGGCUCAGCCACUUGAAAACCGCCUCCUCCAGGUAGCUUUAUUCGGCGACGAGAUUAAAAUGGAUGCGUGGGAAGCAACCAAACGACUCCGGACCAUGAAAGUUUUGCUCGAGCGAGGUGCCCGGAUAAGUUCAUCUAUGAUCAAAGCGCUCAAGAUAUUGAAAGAAGAGACUUACUCGAGACAAAAGGAGGUGUAUGCGUGUCUUCUACUGAGUUUAGCAAGGCGUCGCGACAUACUCUCUGUUUUUGACGCAGAGGUGCAAGCUGCAUUCCCGGAUCAAGCCGUACAGGAAGCUCGCCGGACACGGUUUCUAAGAGACCAAUUACAGUGGUUCAAUCCAGUCGGUUAA